CCUCUCUCGACCAACUGCUUCCCCCUCUCUCUGCGGAUCAACCGGAGUAUCUGCAGUGGAGCCAUCAUCCAUCGAGACUCGGAACAAGACCUAGGCUAGCGACUUUACAUUUAAAGUCCGCCUAAUCGGCUUUCGUAAACGUUUAACAUCGACUCCAAUACCUCGACGUGUUUGCCUCGGCGGUUUUUUCUCUGCAAGUGAAGACUACGCGACCGACAGAAUGGGAAAUGAAGCCAGCUACCCCCUGGAGAUGUGCUCGCACUUUGAUGCUGAUGAGAUUAAGAGACUAGGGAAGAGGUUUAAGAAACUCGACCUGGAUAACUCGGGCUCGCUGAGCGUGGAGGAGUUCAUGUCCCUGCCCGAGCUGCAGCAGAACCCCCUGGUCCAGCGAGUCAUAGACAUAUUCGACACCGACGGCAACGGAGAAGUAGACUUUAAAGAAUUCAUCGAGGGAGUCUCCCAGUUUAGCGUGAAAGGAGACAAGGAACAGAAACUACGCUUCGCUUUCCGGAUCUACGACAUGGACAAGGACGGCUACAUCUCCAACGGCGAGCUCUUCCAGGUGCUGAAGAUGAUGGUGGGCAACAACCUGAAGGACACGCAGCUGCAGCAGAUCGUCGACAAGACCAUCAUCAACGCCGACAAGGACGGGGACGGCAGGAUAUCCUUCGAGGAGUUCUGUGCGGUGGUGGGCGGACUAGACAUUCACAAAAAGAUGGUGGUUGACGUGUGAUCUUCACUCCUCUGCCUCUGCCGCUCUCUUUCUCUCGCUCUAGCUCUCUUUCUCUCUCUCUCUCCCUCUCUCUCUCUAUCUCUCUCUCUCUCCAUGGACAAGGCCCCCCCUGGUCCUCCCCACCUCCAUGCCUCGUCUUCUGCUUGUCUUCUCCAUUGUCAAGGAAAAAUCUGCUAAAGGUGUCCGGCAAGACAACAAAAAAUUCAAGGAUUGUUUUUUCUUUUUUUUUUUGUCUUUGAACCCCCCCCCCCCCCCCCCCCAAAAAAAUCCUUUCCUUCCCCUCUAGUGGAAAGUAAUUCUGUGAUAAGUUUUUUGUUUGUUUGUUGUUUUAUCCCCCCCCCCCCCCCCCUUGCUAUCUCCGCUAUUAUCCUUUCGACUUCUCUGAUUGGCUCCCGUUGGCUUGUGUGGGUUAGGCCGGCUAGUCGGCGGUGAGCGCACCCCUGGUGGUAGCACUUUACAGAGGACACGCAAACGCAGAGCACAGGAGGAGGAGCGCUUUCUAUUGUCCAGCGAGCAUUUCACUUUGAGGCAAAAGGAAAGGGACGUUUAGUGUGUGUUUGUGUGCAUGCACCUGCAUGUGUGUGUGUGUGUGUGUAUGUAUGUGUAUGCGUGUGUGUGUGUGUGUCUGUGUGUGUGUGUGUUUGAUUGAUUGUGUGUAUGUAUGUAUGUAUGUAUGUAUGUAUGUGUGUGGUUUUCUUUUUGUUUCCUUGUUUUUGAAGGGGUGGGGGAUUUAUCUAAAAUAUUUAUUUUGGUCUGUUUUUUUUAUGCGAGGAAGAUCUAUCUAUCUACAGGGAAUAUAUGAAUAUAUAUAUAUAGUAGUUAGGUGGGACGAGAUCUAUCGAUGUACUUGAUUUCAACACGACACAAACACAAAAGACAGCGCAUGAAGUGCCAAUCAGAUUACACAAACUAGUUUAAGCGUGAUCUUUUUUAACCUGCUGUUUUAUCUCAUAUUUAAAUUAUGCAUAUUAUGCUAUUAUGUAUGAGAAGUGCUUCAUCUGGAUGUCGAUACAGCAGCAGGGGUUUUAAACGGCACUGCUUCAGAGAGAUUUGUUUUUCUUUCUUGGGUCUCUAGAUUGCUUCUCAUGCUUCCUUCACUGAAGGUCAACAGACAAGUUUCAAUUUUGAAUAUUAAGCUUUAGAUAACACACACAUACACUCUCUCUCUCUUGCUCACUCACUCACUCACACACUCACUCACAUAUAUAUACACACACACACACACACACACACACACAUGCAAACACAGACACAAGGGAAAAAAAAGAAAUAUCUUUUUUUGUAAUAUGGGGAUUGUAUGCUAUAUUUAUAUUGUCAGGGAGUUCCAUCAACCCUCUUGCUUUCUGAUGUUCUAGAGUAGAGAGAAAAGAUUUAACUAUUUAAAUUUGUGCACAUACAAACGUCUAUGGUUUACCUUCUUGGAGACAGGUCUUUCUCUGUGUAAUUGGUGAUUUUUUCUUUUCUUUCUUUCUUCUUUUCGUGAAUGGUUUCAACUGAUUUAAAAAUACAGGAAGGAAUAGUGCCAUCCGUUUCUGUUUGAACAUCUUGGCGUAUAUAUUUACUUUCAUUAGCUUUUUUGACACAAUGUGAUGUUGAUUUUGUUCCACUCCUAUUUGAAAACAUUUGCCUAGCUACUUAUUGUCACAAGGAACCUUCACUGACAUAACUUAAUAUUUCGUGAAUCAAACCAAAAAAUGGGCAUCGAUAAAAAAUCUGUUUUCCGACUGGACUGCAGGACAGCUUUGUACAGGGCGACGUGGUGAUUAUGUAGGCUACAGGCAAAUAUGUCAGGCAACUAUGGAUUAGUAGACCAGGAAGUUCUGAUGUAACUGCGUGAGUUCUGUUUAACAGGACGUCAUAUGAACAGUGCAGGUCCAAAAGCCUUCCUUCACUCCUCUCAGUAUACACCAAGUUAAAAAAAAGAAGAGCAAACUUUUAUGACUGCGACUUUCUGCUUUGACUGUUUUGAGAGAAACUGUAGAAAGAGGCGCGACUAAAACUUAAUGGUCACACGUUGAAUUUUUUUUUUUUUCCCAAGUCGCUUUGUGAACUACUUUCUGGUUGUGUGUUGUUAAUCGCUUGCCUGUACCCUCUGACGGACCGCGUGGGCACACGUGAUGGUGCAGGCCCAGGUGUCACCCGGAGGCUCGCGCGCACUAAAAGCGCCCGCUCGUGCCAGUCGUCUCCGGUUUUUUUUUUCUGCUCUCCUUCCGAGUUGCUGCACGACGAUGGCUCUUCUGUCUUUCCCUUGAGAUCCGACGAGGUCUCAUCCUGUGAUUGCAUGACAUGGAGGGUGUCUCUUUUUUCUAUUCUGUUCCUUUUCUGUAUGCAUGUAGAUCCGAUUUUUUGAAGAGCGCCUCUUGUUUACAUAUGAAUCGUAAUGUUAAUAUAAUAUGAAUGACAAUGACAUAUUGGUAUGUGGAUGUUGCCAAACCUCUUUGGUUAAUGUUUUAAGUAUGGAAACGAUAAAAGCGUAACUCCACUACGUAUAUUCACCAUUCUUAUAGUGAUAACAAUUAUUAUAACCUUUUUGGAUCAGCGUCACAUGACAAUAGUUUAAACCAAUCAGCAAAGCUUCUCUCCCUGUCAACUGCCAGAUGCCGUUUAGAGGGGAAAACAUACGUUUUCUUUGUUAUUUUUUUUUGUACAGAAUAUUUGUUACAAACACGUAGCCUAUGAGUGCUCUCCCUAUCUAUUUCUUUUUUUUCUUCUCCUUUUAAAGGGUCCGUCCUCCUGAGAUAUGUCCUCUGCUUUAGAGAGGGGAAAUUUGAUUGCUGUAAUUGAAUGGCGUGUGUGUCGUUGGAGUUGGAGAUGGUGACGGGAUAAGGGCUUUAAAAAAAAAAGAUGAAAAUGGUUUCAGUCCUGGGUUAUACCUUUUUUUUUCGUUUUUCCUCUCAUACGUGUUUGCAUGCUGCGUCAUAUGCCGUGGGAACCACUGAAACUUCAUACAUGAAAUUGAGAAAUAAAAUAUUUGAAACUUGU